AUGAAUCUCAUUUUAUCUUCCAUUCUUACUCUCGCAUUUCUCCCCACAAUCCAUGCGCUGUUUUUUUCGAAGAAUAUUCUCUGCAAUCAAUCCGUUCCUUUUCCUUCAAUUGACCACUCGGUUCUCAUCGAUCAGACUGUAGUCAUAACUCUAUGUAACAUCACAUUCAACGUUGCGAUUCAUCCCAAUGAACAGUUCUUCGCACGCAACUUCUCCGCAGACAAACGAAUUCAAUCCCAACCAAACUAUCGAUUCGCCUAUCUCGGUCGAAUACUCAAUGAAAAUCGUUCAAGUAUCAGUUUAAUCCUUCAUCCUCAUUUACAAAUCUACAUUUAUCUCAACGGCACAUAUUAUUACUAUCUAACUUCAUCAGAAGGCACUUUCAUGAUCCUGAAAUUCUCCCAACGACAGCUACUUCAAUAUUAUCCCCAAUUAGUUAACGAUAGUUUCUGGAAUAAAUUACAACAAGAAGAAAAUCUUUAUCAACAGAACUCUAUUGUUUUACGCGAUUUGCAUUUUAUAUAUGAAUUAUUAACACUAAGAUGUGAGAGUGAGAAUUCGCAGUAUCAAACCAUCGGAUUUUGCUCGUUGGCGCUGUUUGUCGAUCAGACUCUAUAUGAGAAAAUCUUUCAAUCGAAUGUUUAUUAUUUGUAUACAUUUAUUGAACAUUUUAACUUUUUAUUACGAACUCUAACCCAGAAUCGAUACGGAGGAUUCUUAAUACAACGUUUGACCAUAAACAAUCAGCUUCCAGUCAGUCAAAACUCAUCGUUUGAAAGCCUCUACAACUUAUCAUCAAAUAUGAAUUAUUCGUUGAGAAAUUAUUGCCUCGUUCAUCAAAUGUUACUAUCAAAUUCUGAAGGCGAAAGUUUUGUUCUCGGUUAUCAAUCUUCAACAAAUACAUAUGACGUCGGUGGACUUUGCUCACCUCCAUUUUCAACAAUAAAUAACCAAUCGGAUGAAAUUAAUCUGAAUACAGGUGUAUCGAUUAUCAAUGAAAAUAUCACCAGAAAUCUUUCGAUGUUUUUCAAUGGUUUGAUGAAAACAAGUUAUCUUUUCGCUCGUCAAAUGGGUUUGAAUUUAACCCUAUGCUCGACCAAUGCCACUCGACGAGGUUUCUUUCAAUUCAAUACCCAAGUAGCACCAGUUGUGCAGCUUUGUAUUGAUCUCGUUGCACCAACUUUACAAUUAGCGCUGCAACGACGCGCGCAUUUCUGUUUUAAGUAUUUGAAUGUUUAUAAUUCCUCGAGUCAAGCAAUGAAACAGCAGAUUUCUUGCAGACAGUUAUCGGAUCCCGAAGCGAUCGAUGGCAAACAUAAAAAAAAUCCUUCAAUUGAAAAUGUUUUAACUGAUACUCGACGCGGCGAAUGGUUUGAAGGAAAUAUCGUCGGGAUCAUCAUCACAUUUUCAUUGGUUAUCUGGAUUCCUGUUAGUUGUUUUGUACAUUUUUGCAGAGAUGAAAUAAACAAGAAGGCGUUUUUGGAGAAACAGCAACAGCAGCAAGAAUUAGAAACUUUACAAAUGAGAUCAUCAACUACGGAUCAAGCUGGUGUGACGAAACAAACUCAAACUGAUUAA